AUGCAGAUGCUUACAAAGUUUGAAUCAAAAAGCAACCGUGUCAAAGGUGUUGCAUUUCAUCCCAAGCGUCCCUGGAUUUUAGCUUCUUUACAUAAUGGUUGCAUUCAACUCUGGGAUUAUCGAAUGGGCACUUUACUCGAACGUUUUGAAGAACACGAUGGGCCCGUAAGAGGCAUCGCAUUUCACCCUACUCAGCCAUUGUUUGUCUCUGGUGGCGACGACUACAAGAUCAAAGUUUGGAAUUACAAAACUCAUCGUUGUUUAUUCACUUUAAAUGGUCAUCUCGAUUAUGUUCGUACCGUCUUUUUCCAUCACGAGCUUCCUUGGAUCAUUUCUGCUUCAGACGACCAAACAAUCCGUAUCUGGAAUUGGCAAUCAAGAGCCUGUAUUGCUAUCUUGACAGGACAUAAUCACUAUGUGAUGUGUGCUCAGUUCCAUCCCAAGACUGACCUUAUUGUUUCAGCAUCUAUGGACCAAACUGUUCGUGUAUGGGAUAUUACAGGUUUACGUAAAAAAUCUCAAGCACCCACUGCAAUGUCAUUUGAAGAUAUGAGUCGUGCUGGACCAGGUAGUGAUAUGUUUGGAACUACGGAUGUUAUGGUCAAGUAUGUCUUGGAAGGACAUGACCAUGGUGUCAACUGGGCUUCUUUCCAUCCAACAUUGCCUUUGAUCAUCUCGGCUGGUGAUGACCGUCAAGUAAAACUCUGGAGAAUGAAUGACACAAAGGCUUGGGAAGUCGAUAGCUGUCGUGGUCACUACAAUAACGUUUCCAGUGCCAUUUUCCAUCCUCGACAAGACCUCAUCUUAUCUGAUAGUGAAGAUAAAACAAUUCGUGUUUGGGAUCUCACGAAACGUACUGCCGUGGCUACAUUCAGAAGAGACCAUGACCGUUUCUGGGUCUUAACGGCACAUCCUGAACUCAAUUUAUUUGCUGCUGGUCAUGAUAGCGGUUUGAUCGUUUUUAAACUAGAACGAGAGCGUCCUGCUUUCCAGGUUCAUAACAACGAAUUGUUUUACGUCAAGAACAACAUUUUACAUAUCCAUGAUUUCCCCAGCACUGCUGAUCAAGAAGUAAUGUCUGUUCGUAAAUUGGGAUCUCAAUUUGUUGCGCCUCGUACACUUUCUUACAAUCCUGCUGAGCGUGCUGUAUUGCUUACAUCACCUUUUGAGGGUGGCACGUACGAGUUGUAUCGUCUACCCAAGAACUUGGGCGGAACCUUGCAAGAGCCCUCGGAUGAAUCAAUGAAGGGCACAGGCCAUGCUGCUCUUUUCAUCGCCCGUAACCGAUUUGCUGUGUUUGAUAAAACAAGCCAAGUCAUUCAGAUUCGUGAUCUUUCUAACAAGGAAACCAAAUCAUUUAGAACACCUUCUCAAGCCACAGAUAUAUUCUAUGCUGGACCUGGGUCACUUCUUAUGGCUACACCUACCUCGGUCAUCUUGUUUGAUAUUCAACAACGCCGUGUUGUCUCUGAAUUGACCGUUUCUUCUGUAAAAUACGUUGCCUGGUCUAAUGAUAUGUCCAUGGUUGCUUUGAUCAGCAAGCACACAAUUACGAUUGCCACCAAAGAAUUACGCCAAACAAGCCAAAUUCAUGAAACAAUUCGCAUCAAAAGCGCUACUUGGGAUGAUUCCAACGUUCUCAUCUACUGUACUCUGAACCACAUCAAGUAUGCAUUGACCGAAGGUGAUAACGGCAUCGUUCGUACACUCGAUCAACCCGUCUAUUUGACACGCAUGAAGGGCAAGAAACUCUUUGCUCUUGACCGUGAUGGCAAGGUUCGCGAAAUCACCAUUGAUCCCACUGAAUAUCGUUUCAAGUUGGCCUUGGUGAAGAAACAAUAUGAAGAAGUGCUUCAUAUCAUUCGUACAUCCAAUUUGGUCGGUCAAUCCAUUAUUGCUUAUUUGCAAAAGAAGGGAUAUCCAGAAAUUGCUUUACAUUUUGUCAGGGAUGAUAAAACAAGAUUCGAAUUGGCACUUGAAUGCGGUAAUUUGGACGUCGCUUUGGAAACAGCAAGAGCCAUGAACAAGCCUGAUCACUGGGCCAAAUUGAGUGCUGAAGCCUUAAACCACGGUAACUUCAAGAUUGUUGAGUUAUGUUAUCAACGCAUCAAAAAGAUGGACAAGUUAUCCUUCUUGUACCUGUUGGAGGGCAAUCAGACCAACCUUUCAAAGAUGUUGGAAAUUUCCAAGCUUCAAAAGGAUCCUAUGCAACGAUUUCAGAAUUCUGUCUAUUUAGGCGAUAUACAGGAACGCAUUCAAAUGCUUGUGGACGUCGGACAGUUACCCUUGGCUUAUAUGACUGCCAAAUCACAUGGACUGACAGAACAAGCUGAAUCCAUUUUGGCCGCAUCAGGAAAGACGAAAGAUGAAAUUGAGUUACCUGAAUCAGAAGAGCCUCUGCCCUCUAUUCCUCAGCCUGUUACCCACUUGGAGGAUCCUAAUUGGCCACUCUUGACCGUAUCCAAGAGUUUCUUUGAAGGUGCCUUUGUCAAACAACAACAGCAACAAGAUACUCGAGUAUCUGGUGACAUUCAUUCUGUUAUCAACAAACCUAGUUUCACAUACGAUGACGCAAUCGAAGAAGCAGGUGGAGACUGGGGAGAUGAUGAUGACGAUUUGGGCUUGACUGGUGCUCCUAAGCCUGCACAAGAUAAUCUUUUAGAUACAGGUGAUGAUGAAUUUGGCGUACCAGACGAAGAAGAAGGAGGUGGAUGGGACGAUGAUGAUGAUAUCAAGGCUGAAUUAGAUGCUCAAAUGGGUAGUGUCGCAGCCAGAGAAACUGCUGAAUUUGUUGCUCCAACAGAGGGUGUAAGCGAAAGUCUCAUUUGGACGCAAAACUCCAAUAUUGCUGCUGAUCACAUCGCAGCUGGUGCUUUUGACAGUGCCAUGCAGGUUCUUAAUCGACAAAAGGGAAUUGUUCAUUUCGAACCAUUGAAGCCUCAUUUCUUGGCCAUCUAUCAAGCUUCCCAUGCCCAUGUCUCUCAUGUAUGUGGCAGCGGUUCUGUACCUCUCCGCAGAAAUCCAGAAACAUCUUCACCUCGUAAUGCCUUACCUGUAGCAGUUUAUACUUUCCAAAAUACGAUUUCUACACUGAUCCAACAGGCGUACUCACUGUUCUCAAACGGAAAGCUGGCUGCUUCUUCACAGCUAUUCAAGCAACUAGUACACAUUGCCUUAUUCACUGUGACAAAUAGUGAUGAAGAAGCCAAUGAGUUAACUCAACUAGUGGACAUUUGUCGUGAAUAUCUCUUGGGUCUUUCCUUGGAACAAAAGCGAAGAUCGAUUGAAGGUACCUCACCCGACGAACUCAAGCGUGCCCUGGAACUGGCAGCUUACUUUACUCAUUGUGAGUUGCAGGUGAAACAUAUGCACCUGGCAUUACGUCAGGCCACAAAACAAGCAUUCAGGGCAAAGAAUUUUAGUACAGCGUCACGAUUUGCCACUCGAUUACUUGAAUUAGCACCUCCGCUCAAGAUUGCUGAUGAGGCCCGCAAGAUUCAAAGUGUCUGUGAACGCACUUUACAAGAUGAAAUGACUUUAAAUUAUGAUCAGCAUAACCCAUUCGAUGUUUGUGCCUAUAGUUUUGAGCCUAUUUACCGAGGAUCACCCAAGAAAACGUGUUGUUAUUGUAAAGCAUCCUAUAAGCCUGAAUAUGAAGGCAAGGUGUGCGCUAUCUGUGAAGUAGCAAAGAUUGGACAGUAA